AAGCGCCGGGGCCGGGCCGGAGGCGGGAGGGCGGCGACGGGCCCGUGGGGCGGGAGCGGGGAAUGGAGAAGCUGCGGCGGCUGUGGAGGGGCCGCACGAUGACCUUCGGGGUGCCCCUGCUGCUCUAUCUCAUUGGAGGAUCUUUUGGACUCCGUGAAUUUGCUCAGAUAAGAUACGAUGUUCACGAACUACAUGGCAAGGUUGAUCCAGCUUUGAAGGAAAAAUUAAAACAGAAUCCUGUGACAUUGGAAUCUGAAUAUGAGAAGCUGGAAAAAUCCAACUUGGAUAACUGGGAGAACAUCAGAGGACCCAGUCUGUGGGAAGAUUCCAGGACGGUUCAGAAACAACGGCGGGAGGCUCUCCGUCUCAAGACUGAGUGACUGAGAAAGCUGCCUUUGCUGCCUCUGGAAAAAAAGUCAAAAAAAUCUCAGGCUGGACUGUCUUAAUUUUUAAUCCAGUGUCAGGAAGAGAUAUGGGAGCAUUUGCACUGUACAAUUCAGGUGGUGUAUAUAUAAGUAACUGUGAGAUCAGAACAAAAGGCACUGUAUUAUAUGAAGCUCUUUGUUUGCAUCCAUUACAUCCAGGCUGUAUAUGUGAAUUUUCAAUUUAAAAAAGCUGAUUAUUCUACUGAGACUAUCCCAUUGUUUUUCAGUCUCUAACAUUCAAAACUGCUUCAGCAAGGAAUAACAUUUCAAGAGUCACUUGUCAGUACCAGAAGUUGUCAUCCUAAUGAGAACAACAGUGCUGUCAUCUAGAUAUGUGUGACCAGAUAAGUGCUGCUUCAGGGAGCCCCUGCAUGACUUCAGGCCCUUUAGCUUGGAAGGGACUCUACAGGCAUAUCAGCUGUUCAGAACAAUGAGUCCAAUUUUGGCUAAAUAAUACUCUUGUGUUUAAUUUCCAGGGACUGCAUAAAGGCAUGUACUGAGUGUCAGCUGAUAAUUGGUCAAAUAACAUUUGUUUAGAGGUGAUUAAAUUUCUGUGAUUAGUUUAUCAAUACCUUCAUGCAGGCUGGACCUCUGCUCUGGAACCUCUCAGUUUAAAUUGGAAGAACUCUUCCUUGCAAAGAGCUGUGCUGCUUCUCUGUGAGUAAAUACUGUAGCAGAAUCUUCUUGAACCAUUACACAGUGGCAAAGCUCAUCUUACAGGUGUAUUUGUGCAUGUGCAUAGAAGUCUUUUAUGUUCCAAUCAAUUUUUCUGAAAUGCUUUUCUUUUUAUAUUUGUCUUUGUGUGCUAAAUCUUUGCUGUUAGAGGACAUUGUGCUAACAUUCAGGACCCUUCUGCAGAGGGAGUCCAAUGAAGAAGCACCUUCUCAAUUUUUCAAGUGAAAUUAAGCUUUUGAUAAGGUGUUGCAAUAGACUUGUGAAACUCCUCAUCAGAGGAAUGGAGCAAUAGAAUACGUAUUAACAGCAGAGUCUCAUUUCAAAACUCUCAGUGACACCUAUUUGUAAAUCCUUUUGGAACUGUCUUUGGAAAAAGUGUUGCCUCACUCCCCUCUGCAGGAUGUGUCAAUUGCAAUCUGAAUGUCCUUUUGGACACUUUUUUUAGGGUAGCCUCCUCAUGUAGAUCUUCUCUCAGCACUUCAUUUUCUUUAGACUGACAGUGGUGAGGCCCAGUCUUUCACUCAGGAGGAAGAAUUAACAUUGAUUUUUAGGGAGUGACAAAGGAAUUCAUAAAGCAUCACAUGAAAUAUCUUAGGCGUGUUUUGUACAUGUUUUCUUCUGAUAGAGUUGUGAAAACCAUCAGAAAAUGGUGGAUGAAAUCUGGAACAAGGUUGGAGCUGUGUGUUAGUGUAUUUCCCUGUUCAAUGUCAUAGAUAUCUCUGCUUCUAAAUCAAGUAUGAACAAAUUAAACCACCCAGGAGAGGAAUAACAGGAACAAUGCAAAAGUAGGCAAUAAUAAAUGCUAUAGGGAAACCAGUGAAAAGCUAAAAUACAGAGGCAUUAAGCUGUGCUCGACCUAGACAAGGAGGAAAAGGAGGAAAUUGCUUUAAUUGUUGUGUCAUUCGGCAAAUAAAAUAUAAAUAUGACAACUAAUGAGUAAUUAAUACUGCGUAACUUGUUAAGAACUUUUUCAGCUCUUAAAUUCAAGUUCAGGUGCAGUUCCACUGACUGGAAGAUUGACCGUGCAAAGGACAUCAGAGCUUUGGCUCUCCUGACAGCAUUCUCUCAGUUAGGACUCUUGCUGCAUCACUGCUAAUGUUACAGUGAGAGCUAGACCACUGGAAAUGUGUCUUUGCAUUCCCCACUGGUGUGGACUCUGCAAAUUCACUGCCUUUUUGAGAGGAUGCACAUCUUCCUUUUCCCUGCUUUGAUUGAAGAUGGGAAGCUGCCACUGCUUUGCAUAUGGAGAGGCGUGCUCAGUUCCCAGGCUUGCAUGAUAGCUCACAAUAUGGACCAGCACUGCUCCUGAAAUAAACACAUGGAUUUCUAAGAACAGCAUGUGGAGGAGAAACAGCCCCUUUCUCCAUGUGAAGAAGCAAAGAUAUUUCUCUUACAUGAAGCCCUUAUCCGUUUUCUUGAUGAAUAAAACACUCACUGAAAUAUCCUGUGUAUUUUUAGUAAUUUGAUAUUAUGCAAAGACUGUUUUGGGAAUGGUCAUCUUAUUUCAGCAGAUUUGGAAUGUAGUUGUAAAUAAUUACUUACGUGGAACAAUUUAUUAUGUCCUUAGGCCCCAAUCUUAGUUGAUUGUUUGCUUGUUGUGGGGUUCCCUCGCCUUUCCGUUUUCUUAGGCACUAAAUGUUCCUAAGAGCAUAUGUGUAACUACCUUUUUGAAGUGGCCUCUCUGGAAAGCAAUGGAUUUAUCUUAGCAUCUCUGAGAAAAAAUUAUAUGCAGUUGGAAAACUUGCAUAUAAACUUUCCAACUUGUCCUUCUCUUCAGCUUACAUUUUAGAAGACAGCCUAUAUCUGUCGAUUGUCCACUAAAAUAAAAACCCACCAUGUUUUUAAUGAUGACUUAUUUUAAUAAUUUUUUAAUGUUGAUUCUUUUAUGAAUUAUAAAAAAUGCUAAACCAAUAAUAGCUGGUACAGAAGCUGUACUUUUCACAAAAUGGGAAGGGCUAUUCCAGCAAUUCAUCUUUAUUGCCAUGCACUUGAACAAUGGCUUGAUGUUUUAUGCUGUGCUUUUCUUACCCAUUGAAUUGGAAAUAAUACUUUUGAAAGGCAUGUUGAGAGCCAAUUAAGUCUCUUAAGUUGUCAUGCAACCUAGAGUAGAAGGCACUCCAGAAAUGUGGAGAAUUAUAGUUCAUAACAGCAGCAGGAGAGGCAAAUUUCAAUUAGUUCAGAACUCAUGCUCAGUUUGGCUGCUUAUUUGAACUAUCCUUUUGAAAGCCAGUUAGAGCACUUCUAGUUAUCUUUAAGGCUCCUGAAGACAACUUUGUUCAGCUCCUGAAUCAUAAUUCUAAACAUCUGUGAGUGGAGGGAGUCAGAGGUAAUUAAGUACAAUUGUCAGUCUGAGACAUUAAUUGACAUUUUUGCAUCUUCUUUGGUAACUGGCAUCCACAGAUCUGAGGAGAAUGAAAGCAAGGCUUUAGUGAGAGGUGUUCAGUAUUAUCAAGGUAAAAGAGAGGACUGAAGAAGCCAUAUCUUCUAAUCAGUGUUGCUGAAAUUAGAAAUAAAACAAGCAAGCCUGGCUAGGUGUGUACGUGGGUUGAAAAAUCAGUUUCAAAAUCCCUGUUCUGACAGUCAAGGAGAGGUGUUUAUCUCUCUCAUCAGCAAGCUUGGUCUUUGGGAUCUUCCAUAACAAGAAAAGCAGCAGGACAUGGAAUUGGAGGAAAUCUGGGGCACCUGUCUCCAGGGUCAGAUGUGGGUAUCUGCCUGGAUGGUUCCUGGUGGCAGCUGUCUGCAGCCCAAAAUGCUGCCCAGACCUCUGUGUGAGAUGUGACCUGUGGAUCCUGCUUAUUGAGAGUUGUUUUCCUACUGUACUUUGAAUGGGCAGAUGCGUGGGUGACCCAAAAUGCUCACUACCUCAGCUCAGAGAUAUUAACAGAUAAAGGAGAACCUUAGGAAAAGCUGUAGCUGCUGUGGUGCCAAAAGCUCUCAAAACUACUGAAUAGCACAGCAGUUGAAUUUUGAAGUUCCUAGAUACAUCUGGAGGAGCAGUUGGAUGUUAAAAACUUACUGAAUUAGAAUGCAGAGAGCAAUCUUGCUCACAGUGAUCUUCCAAGGUCUUGAGAAAGGGUCUUGUACCCAAAAAAAGAUACAUUAUGGUGUAAUAAGACAUGAGUGAUGGGAAUUGUAGAUCAGAAUAUAGAAUGCAAAAACUUCUGAAAAGCAACUUAAGUCUAUCCCAUCAUCAGCUGGGGACCAGUCCCAAAAAGCAGAGAAAGAAAUCCAUUUCUUCACAGAGAAGCAGCAAUUUAGAGAGAUUUGAAGGUCAGUGUUCAUUGGAUGUUUUACGUGGACACUUUGAGUUUCACUGUGCUUGCCUGUGUCUGGAUGAAACUCAAAACAAUAGUUUUCACUGUGUGAAAUAACUACACAGACCCUUGUACUUGAUGAUUUUGCAUUUGCUCUGACUUGCUAUAUUUGCAUUUCCAGCUUGAAUCCAGGGCAAGUUUCAUUUUAUAUUCUGUAUUUUCCAGAGGCACUUAUUUCUGCAAUAAAUGGGAAAGCCUAAUGUUAUCCUUUGCUAUAAACUGUGUCCACU